GGCGGGAGGCAAGAGUGGGUGUGUUAAUUGGAACCCUCCCAUACAGGAAGGGACAUGUCCUAGAACAAAGCUGGACACCUGCUAGCAGGUGUUCGGUGAAUCCGCGGAAUAACACAAAGCACGCUCCUCCUUUGCCCCAUACCCGGCCUACUGAACCACCCGGGCUUAAAUAGUAGGCUAUAUAGAUUUAGUCUGAGGUGUAAUUUUAAUCCAGUUUACUGGUUGUGACAAAUGAUCGAUAAAUGCCAAACGAGGAGUGUGUCAAAUGAGCGUGUGACUAGUUCUGCAGCGCUUUGAGAAGCUCAAGUGUUAUCUGAAUUGUUCUAAUCGAGGGUAAGGAGUCCAUCAUCUCUGUCCAUCAUAAAAAAAAAAAAAAAGUGUGCUCGAUUCCGCUCCUGAUGAGCAAAGGGUUAAGGAGGCGCAGCUAGACGCCAGUGGAGCUGAAGUCAUCCGACAGAGCGCACAGCGAGGAAGAGGAGGAGAGAUAUACAGAACACCUCCUAAAACACUGAUCUAGGACGAGUCCAGCUGCGAAUCUGCGCUCUGCUGUUUUAUUUUAACUACUGUUGUGUUCCUUUUCCCUCUCGCUUUUUGUUUUUAAACGCGCAGAGAAUCGGAGUCAGAACAAGCUUGUGGAAUGAGAAAUAAAUAAAAACGCGCAGCCCAGCGCCCCAACUAUGGCUCCAACGACGCACGUAGGAAAGCUCGAAGAGUCCGCUUCACGGGAGCGGGCAGUAGUGCAGGAUGAGAGGUCUGCUGUGCUCCACGGAGUGUGAGACCAGAAGGAAAUACCACCUGACAGGCGGCUCUCCCCUCGGGGGACAGAAACAGACACCCUCGCUCCUCACAACCUGGAGACUGCAGACUGGAAACGGCUCCGCUCUCCCGCGCGUACAGUGCGCCUCUUUUCCAGAACUAUCCUCUCCUCACUUUCUCCCGAAGAUCACCAACAAGACACGGCCUCUCCGAGCAACUUGGAAAACUUUGACUCCCUCCCCACCCCUCCUCCCUCUGGAUUAUUGCCAUUACUGAACCUGGCAGUGUUGAGUGUCCAUGAAGGGAGCGCAGUGAGCAUCGUGCGCUCGGCUGCGGGGAUUGGAAACGCAGCCUCGGUGCGAUAUUAUUAAAAGUCCCUCGAAGUCUGUCGAAGUCCAGGGGCCACCUCAGCGAAGAUGCCGGUCCGGAGGGGCCACGUGGCUCCGCAGAACACCUUCCUGGAUACCAUCAUCAGGAAAUUUGACAGUCAAAGUCGUAAGUUUCUCAUCGCCAAUGCAAGAGUGGAGAACUGCGCCAUCAUCUUCUGCAACGAUGGCUUCUGCCACUUGUGCGGUUACUCGCGUGCCGAGAUCAUGCAGAAGCCGUGCACGUGUAACUUCCUGUACGGACCAGACACCAAGCGCCUGGCGAUCGCCCAGAUGGCGCAGGCCCUGCUGGGAUCGGAGGAGAGGAAAGUGGAAAUUGACCUUUACCGGAAAGACGGUAACUGCUUCCUGUGUAUGGUGGAUGUGGUGCCAGUGAAAAAUGAGGAUGGCCUGGUGAUCAUGUUCAUCCUCAACUUCGAGGUCAUGACAGACAACGCAAUCCAAGACCACAAACAGGAGCUCAACCACCGCUUGCCCACCUGGCUAGUCACAGGUCACCCACGAGGAUUCAAGUUGCGUCUCCCCCUCCUGCGCUCCCUUUCCAACAGUAAAGUGUCAUUGGACGACGCAGAGGCCGGUCAAAUCCCCACUGCUACACCGCUGCAUCCGGACCCUCCCUGUGAAGAGUCCUUAGGCCUGGGGGAGUUCCUGCCCCUUCCAUCAUUACCACCAGAGCACAAGGAGCAACUCAGUGGAAGCAGGUUAGCUCUACAGACUUGGCCAGAAGACCACCAGGAGGACCAACGCACCUUACUGUUCUCUGAGCCACCCCCGCCUUCUUCUCACAGAGGCCAACUGGUGGGACCCCUCACCCAGUCAUCCCCCUGCGUAGUGCCCCACCACCGCCUCAGCCUCAACCCGGACGGCUCAGCCUCCAACUGCUCCUUGUCGCACAGCCGCUCGCGGGAAAGCUUCCACAGCAUGCGUCGCGCAUCCUCUGUAGACGAGAUCGAGGCCAUGAGGCCCGACUGGGACCGAAAGAACCGGCGAGCCAGCGUCCGGCCGGCCAGCAGCAGCACCGGAGCGGUGAACAGCAAGUCAAACAUACUGAACUCCACGUCAGACUCGGACCUGAUGCGGUACCGCACAAUUUCCAAAAUCCCUCAGAUCACACUCAACUUUGUGGAUUUCAAACCUGACCCACUCAUUGCGCUGCCCACCGGGGAGAUGGACAUCAUAGCUCCCUGCAAACUCAUCGACCGAACGCACCAUGUCACAGAGAAGGUCACACAGGUCCUGUCUCUGGGUGCAGAUGUGCUGCCGGAGUACAAACUCCAGGCUCCUCGCAUCCACAAGUGGACCGUGUUGCACUACAGCCCCUUCAAGGCGGUGUGGGACUGGCUCAUCCUGCUGCUGGUCAUCUACACCGCCAUCCUGACGCCCUACUCGGCCGCGUUCCUCCUCAACGACCAGGAAGAGGCAGCCAUGCAAAGUUGUGGCUACUGCUCUCCUCUCAACGUGGUGGACCUCAUAGUGGACAUCAUGUUCAUCAUUGACAUCCUCAUCAACUUCAGGACGACCUACGUGAACACUAAUGAUGAAGUGGUGAGCCACCCGGUGCGUAUCGCUGUCCACUAUUUCAAAGGCUGGUUCCUCAUCGACAUGGUGGCCGCUAUUCCCUUCGACCUGCUCAUCUACCGCAACGGAGAGGAGACCACGACUCUGAUUGGCCUGUUGAAAACAGCACGCCUCCUGCGAUUGGUUCGCGUGGCCAGGAAGCUGGACCGCUAUUCAGAGUACGGCGCGGCUGUCCUCUUCCUUCUCAUGUGCACCUUCGCCCUCAUCGCUCACUGGCUGGCCUGCAUCUGGUAUGCAAUUGGCAGUGUAGAGAGGAACGGCUCAAUAGGCUGGCUCCACACACUGGGGGACCAGCUGGGAAAACACUACAAUGACUCUGUAAAAGGUUCAGGACCUUCCAUCAAAGACAAGUACGUCACGGCUCUGUACUUCACCUUCAGCAGUCUGACCAGUGUGGGAUUUGGAAACGUGUCUCCCAACACUAACUCUGAGAAGAUCUUCUCCAUCUGCGUCAUGCUGAUCGGGUCCCUGAUGUAUGCCAGCAUCUUUGGGAACGUGUCCGCCAUCAUCCAGCGGCUCUACUCUGGGACGGCCCGCUACCACACCCAGAUGCUGAGGGUCCGGGAGUUCAUCCGGUUCCACCAGAUCCCCAACCCGCUCAGGCAGAGGCUGGAGGAGUACUUCCAGCACGCCUGGUCUUACACCAACGGCAUCGACAUGAACGCUGAUGAUUGGAAGACUUUGUCUCAGCAUGCAUGGUUCGACACCAUCAGACACAAUAGGAAUGAUGUGCUGAAAGGUUUCCCUGAGUGUCUCCAGGCGGAUAUCUGCCUCCAUCUCAACCGGACGUUGCUCCAGAACUGCAAGGCUUUUAAAGGCUCCACCAAGGGCUGCCUCCGGGCUUUGGCCAUGAAGUUCAAGACCACCCACGCGCCCCCCGGUGACACGCUGGUCCACGCUGGGGAUGUCCUCACUGCCCUCUACUUCAUAUCCAGGGGAUCGAUAGAGAUACUGAGGGGAGAUGUGGUGGUCGCCAUCUUGGGGAAGAACGACAUCUUUGGCGAGCCCAUCAACCUGUACGCCCGAUCGGGUAAGUCCAACGCCGACGUGAGGGCUCUGACGUACUGCGACCUCCACAAAAUCUUCAGGGAAGAUGUUCUGGAGGUGCUGGACAUGUAUCCUGAGUUUGCAGACCACUUCUGGAACAACCUGGAAAUCACCUUCAACCUCAGAGAUACCAACAUGAUCCCUGGCUCUCCUAGUAGUGAUGACUCCAACUGUGGAGGAUUCAACAAAUUGAGGAGAAGGAAGUUAUCAUUCCGUAGACGGACAGAAAAAGAUGAUGCAGAUGCCGGAGAAAUCAAAAAGUCCAAUAAGUCUGCAAGACGAAAACAGCGGGAGGCUGCCAACAACCAAAAACAGGAGGAGGCAACGAAGAGACAGUGGGCGGCACAUCGAAGCUCGGUGUCCUCACACUCAAGUGGUGAUGAGGGGGAGGAGUCAGUCAUGACUAGUCUCGCACCUCCGCCUGCAGUGCUGGAGAGCGCCCAGGCUCAGGCCGCGCCCCUGAACUUCAGUGAGAACGCCGAGGGCGAUGGAGACCCCAAGACUGGCAACACCUGCAAUGCCCUGUCAGGUGCAUUCUCAGGCGUGUCUAACAUCUUCAGCUUCUGGGGAGAGAGCCGGGGGGGCGGUCAGUACCAGGAGGUUCCCAGCUGCAGCCUGGCUUCCCCCCCGCCCCUCAACACACCGCUGCACAGCCUGAGCCGGCAGCAACGCAACCAGCUGGACACGCGUCUGGACCUGCUGCAGAAACAGCUGAACAGGUUGGAGAGUCGCAUGUCGACGGACAUCGGAGUGAUCAUGCAGCUGCUGCAGAGACAGAUGGCCCUGGUUCCUCCUGCCUACAGCGCCGUCUCAUCACCACCUCAGGUCUCACCCUACCCUGGUCCAGGUCCAGGUCCAGGUCCAGGCCCAGGUCCAGGACCAGGACCAGGACCAGGACCGGGAGAGAGACUGGUUCUGCCUGUUUCACCUCUGGAGACAGACACCCUGGCCUCCCUAUCACAGAUCUUGGAUUCGCAGGACUUUGAGGAAUUCCCAGCCAAGCCACUGGACUCCCUACAGCCCCAGCCCACCCCUUCUGGACUGGACAGCCUUGACCAGCACAUGGAGUUGGACCUGGGACUAGGCAGUGGGGCCGGGUUUAUUUCAGGGCCAGCGGCAGGUUCAGGUUUAGGUUUAGAAUUGGGGGGUGGGGCGGCAGGGGGUUCAAGCUUAGGAGCAGGAUUAGAGUUUGGUUCAGGGGUAUGUAUGGGGGCUGGGGCGGGGCCAGCUGCUACAACAGGGGUAUCUCCUCUGGAUCUUGAAACCCAGAGGCGGAUGUCCCUCCAAGAACCACAGACACCUCUGGACUCACGGACACCACAGAGACAUGAGUCUGACCCAGGGGGGAGCUAAGAACGAGGUGGGGAGGAGGGGGAGGAGAGUGGGAUGGAGGGAAGGACCCAGAGAGAACGUGUGUGAUGUUUCGUUCUUUAUGGUUCUACCACUCCACGCAGGACUCUGGAGAUCAGGAGGCAUCUGCUAUACCUACCACCUAAACCCUUUAGAGCACUCAGCUACAGUAUCAGCCUCUCUAAUAAAGACUCGCUGUCCAGAGAAUGAAGCCAGGCGGGGGGGCAAGGAAUAGUAUGAUGCUGCUCUCUGUCUGUUUUUGUUCUGGAGUCCCUCCCUCCCUCAACUCCUUCACGAAACAUCUGAGCUCCACAACGGUACAACCUUUAACCAAAACCAACAGAGCAGAGAGGAGUUCUGCCUUUUACUGAACACCAUUCGAGUUCACCCAGAUCAAACUGGGUGUGGACCUCUCAGUUAUUCGCCCAGGAUGACACUUCUUCAUGGUCACAUAUAAAUGACUGCUUACUGGUAGAAGAAUCCCUUUACUGCUGUAUCUGGUGUUGGAUGACUGGCAAGAAUAAGCAAAGACAACAUUGGACAGAAUUAUUACAAAAAAAAACAAGUAGCCAUUUACGUCUUGCACUGAAAAUCCUAUUGAUAUAAUGAUUAUUCUCUAUGUCCGUGGCGCUUCCGAUAAACUCACAAACUGGUUGGUAAAUUGUAGUGUUAGCUGGCCUAACAAGAAUCCUGCUGUCAUUGGCUCCUUCCCCCCUGAUGUCCCGCCCCCCCAAGAGGUGGAGUGAAGGCUUCAACCUUCCCAAGAGCACACUGGAUUGGCUGGUCUGCACCUCAGGGGUGGGAACUGGAGGGUUAUAAGCCAUGAAUCUCUCGAUUAACAUAUCAGCUGCCCUGUCAUAAACAUUGUACAGAUUUGCUAGCGAGUGGAGAAACAUAUGGCAUGCCUAGGCAACCGGUAAACUGGCAAACUUCCAAGUUUUCCACAAGAACAGUACAAAUAUUUAAACAAGCAGGAAGUCCCAGCGUAUUAAUUUCAUCUGCUUUGAGUCGUGACCUUAAAGAGGAACAGAAAAGUUGUCUCCGCGACUUAUUAAUGCUGGCUUUGAUUUGUAACAUCGAAUCAGAGCCCAUGUACAAAGACAAAAAAAAAAGAGAAAAAAAAAGUUAUUCUAGUUUAUCAUAGUUGAAUUUGCUACCUCAGAUUUCAUUGGUCCUUACUUUUUCUUUCACCUAAGCACGCACCCAGAAUGCUUUUACCUUGUACAUAAGAGUUUGUCGUUGUGUUACGUAAAUAUACAAGUUUGCCAGUUUACAAAGACCAGCCGAAUGCGCCAUUAUUCUAUGUACAGUACUAUAUGCAAACACUGGCAAGAGGAGACAAGUGAGUGCGCUUUAAUCUUAUUAUGUGUUGUGUGUGAUAGGUUCAGGUCCAAAGCUUCUCAUGUGUGCGUUUGUCCUUAUUAUUAUUAUUUUUUUUUGUUCUUUUUUGUUUUUUUGGUCUGCAGCGCUUGGCGUAUUGUGCGUUUGCUUCAGCACGCUGUAGAAAGUCACUGGAUUCUAACGUUUGCCACCAGACAAAAAGAUGUGAAUGCUCUGUUUAAACAGGCAAACAGGCUCUGUGGUUGAUGAUCCAGACAGCACAAACCCUUUACACAGUAGGCUAAAAACAUUUUUAAAACAUCUGAAUCUAUCCGAAAAGAAAUGGUACUUUGGCAACAAAUACUUUAUAUUGAGAGUUGCCCAUUUACUCCCAUUCAGAAGUUCUCAAAUAUACAGUAUAUGCUGAUCAUAGUUUUGAACUGUGUACAAACAGUUACACAGUUACACCGUUUCUCUGAGGUAUUAAGGCCCAGAUGCUGCAGCGCCACUUAACUUUUCUGGGAAAAUAAGAAGUGCACCAUCUUCGUGUACACAAACAACUAAACAAAUGUCAUUCAUCCACUGGUUUAGAAUUUGAUAUGAAACAGGGCCACAGUCUGACACUGCUCUGUUCAGGAUCAUCACAAGCCAUGUUUCCACCUAAAGUACCUGAUUUACCCAGGACCUUUUUCCUCGUGACUAAAAAAGAUUCCUAUCGACUGUUAGUUCUCUGAGUUUUCAAAGCAUAAAUGUCAUAGACUGUAUAAAAAAUGGACACCAUGACAGCUCCUCAAAAGUGAAACCAAAGCAAGUAGUGCUCCCCCUGGUGGCUGGCUGGAGUAUAGGUCAUAAGCUCCACCUCCUCCACGUUAGUGGAUGGGCCAAGCUAAAACCCAAAAUUCACACAAAAAAAAAAAUUAAAGAAGAUUUCCGGUAGCUAAUAUAUUGCCGGUGUGUGAAUAAGUUUAAAUUUAAAAACCGAAUGUGACAUCAUGAUGUAGGACGUGUAGGACCAAAAGAGUAAGAAAAAAAAUACAGUGUAUUCUCCAACAUUUUUCUGUAACUGGUGGAGGUAGAGCAGAGCGCAGUAUUUACCCAUUUACCCACCAGCGAGUGUGGAUGAAGAGUUGGUGGGUCAUCGAUAACGUGGCCCUACUUUCAGACAGCACUGAUCAGACUGGAUGGUGGCACCAUAUCCCUGGGAUAGUAGUGUCAGUUUGACCAAUGGGAGGAAAUAGAGAUGCAUCAUCCAUUUUUUCUACAGUCUAUUGCAGAAACUAGAUAAAUUAGCUCUGCUCAACUCCAGUCCAGUAAGUAGCAGUAAUGCAGAGCACUAUAUGGCAUAGAUAUCGUCAAUAAAGUGAGGACAGUGCAUCAACAGUAAGCCUCGGGGAGAUUCAAGCUGUGCUCUUGCUUGUGAUUUACCACUUCCUGAGACGGUGGUGGAAAAGGGAUGAGCAAGCAGAUUCAAAGCACACACAUAAUACGUCAAGUAGGCAAACUGAUCAAUGCAGUAUACCUGUACUUUACCAGAGCAAAGACAUUUGGGGAUAGAAUAAUUUCCUCAGAAUUCAAUUUAGAUUUUGUACCCUCGGAUGGAAGUGCACUGUUCCUCUAACAUUUCCUAUUCCCUGGGGAAGGUUCCUGUGGAGGUAACAUGGCUGAAAGGUACCACUGCUCAGGUUUUUCUGCUCUGUUUCACUGCUCAUAUUACUGAUAAGAUAAGGAGAGGAAAAUGUUUCGGACAGUUUGUAAAGACCUUUGUAAAGACGUUACAAAGACGCAGUGCAACACCUCCUCAGCCGUCAAGGAAACGACAGCUUAACAGGGAUUUGCUAAGUGCUAAAUUACAUAAGCCAUACUUUAGGUGUUCUGUGAGCAGCAGUUGACAGUAGUAUGCCACGAGGAGUGGUUCAUUAUUAGAUCAAGACAAAGGCACAUGAGCACAUGAGACGUUAUUUAUAUCACUAGAAGUUCAUGAGAUGAGAUUUUGAUGAUUGAUGCAACAUGGAGUGACAGAACACUAUUGAAAUGUUGAGAUGAAGUACAAAGCUGAAGGAAAAGUGUUUCAGGGCAUCUGUAAAAACUGACUCAAAAUCUCUCAGACAUUUAAGAAUAAGUACACUUCCCUUUUAAAUCUCCAAUACUGUCAUCUACAGUUGGAAUAAGCAGAUAUAUGAUACUGGUGAAUAUGGUGCAGCGUUGAUGCAGUGUAAAGGUGGCCUCGGAUACCUCAGGGUAGGCACAGAUGAAUGAAACAAUACUGAGAGCAGGUUAAAUGACAGCCCUUUAUAGUGAAGCUUAAAUAUUAGGAGCUAGUUUUUGCAGUUUUCACUCGAUCCUUUUUGAGUUUCGAGUUCUCCAGACGAAGGAAAGCAAACCCCUCUGACGUCUUCAAAUUGUCUUCCCUGAUAGAGGAGUGUACGCCGAUCGACCGCCUCCCUCUGCGAAAAACGACGAGGACUCAGAACAAAGGGGAAAAGGAGAGCCAGCUGAAGUGCAAUAGUCCUUUAAACAAUCCAGAUUUGUAGCAGCUAAAAGAACUGGUAAAAUAUUCAGCACUUUAUUUUUAUUUAUUUAUGAAAAAAACAAAACAAAAAAAAAACAGUGCACACGUUUAAUAAAGACUCAGGAAUGUGUCGACGGAGUCAGUGGGCUGAUUUUUCCUUUGUCUCGUGACUCAAAACCAACCAGAAAAAAAAAAAAUUAAAAAUGAAGGAGCUUAACGUUUAACAAGUUUGGUUUUAGUGGAAUUCCUCUUGUAAUGCUGAAUUGUGAAGAUUGUUACAGAUAUUGCUGCUUGCUGGUCUAACUUAUUUAUUUUAUUUAUUGUUGUCGGUUUCUUAUUUUUUAUUUUAUUUGUAGAUUGUAGCUGAAAUUAUUUAAAACGAAGAGCUCCUUUUGUGGAGCAAGUGAAGGAUCUCUGUGUAAAAAUGUUGCUCCCUUUUUCGUUUGAGAGAAAUCUGCACUCAGACAAUAUUGAACAUGUUCGAUAUUCAUGUGCUUGCUGAGUGGUGCUUGUAUUGCUGUUAUUAUUCCUAUAGUCUGUAAAGCCUGAUUCAUGCCACGUUCCGUCCGUUGUGUGCAUGAGGCCUGUUCUGACCGUCGGCGUCCGCGCAGUUGUCGGACCGCGCGGCUGCACGUGCGCAGCUUGUGUCGCGCUUUGUAAAGGUGCACUUUAGUAUCGAACCAAAGCAAAGUGGAUGCUGUAACAAACCAUCGCUGGUGGACGGUUCAAAUUCGUAAUGCGGCUCUUUGAAGUCAAAAAGAAUGUUACGAAAAUUUGAACUGAGGGCGUAAGAGCAGCUGGACUAUCUGUGAUUUUAAUGUGUAACCGAAGGUACAUUUGCGCAGACUUGUGAGGGAUUGUUUGCCCCGUGUGAUCAGGGUGAUUUUGGAAAACUUGAACCCAGAGAUUUACUGUAAAAAGAGCGUAAAAAGCUGCCUCCAGAUGAGUGGAAGGACUGAGCUGCGUGUUUUUUUUUGUUUGUUUUUUU